UUUAAAGUCGGUUGCAAUAUAAAGGAAAUAUUUAAAGAUUAUCAAAUUCCUUCGCUCUUGUAGUUCGUUUGGAAUUGGAGCCCACACUUGUAGUUUUAUUUGUUUGUUUCGUCUCAUGUGGAGGGUCAUAAUAUGUUUGGAAAACCAUCAAGUUCUCAGCCAAGGAUUGGCCUGGGUGGAUCAGGUGCUCUAUCCCAUGUUUAUAUUCAAUACCCACCUUUAAGAUGCAGCAUUCCUGGAGCUAGAGGUUUUUUUUAUGAUGAUGGGAAUAAGUUACUCAUCUCCCCAACAACUGAUCAGGUAUUUUCAUGGCAAGUUAGUCGUUACGCAUCUUGCGAUGCUCCAUCUUCAGAUUCUGUCAGUGAAGGACCUGUUUUGUCCAUCCGGUACUCCCUUGAUGGGAAUAUUAUUGCAAUCCAAAGAUCAAAUAACGAGAUUGAGUUCAGAAAUCAAGGAACAGGUUCAACAUUUAAUCACAGAUGUAGAUCAGAUCACAUAUUAGGAUUCUUCUGGACAGACUGCCCAACCUGUGACAUUGUGAUUAUAAAGUCGAGUGGAGUAGACAUGUGUUCCUAUGAACCUCAGCUAAAUGCAUUACGAUUGGUGGAUAGCAAACGACUCAACGUGAGUUGGUAUGUCCAUACACAUGAAAGUCGGCUGGUUCUUCUUGCAUCUGGAAUGCAAUGCAAGAGUUUGACUGGAUUUCAGUUCUCAUCUGGAGGAAUUAUCCGCUUACCAAGGUUUGACAUCACGAUGGCUAGAGCUGAAGCAAACCAAAAACCUGUUCUACUUGCAGAAGAUGUACAUAUAGCUACGAUCUAUGGAAGGAUCUAUUGUAUUCAAGUUGAUCAAGUUGGAAUGCUGCUCCACUUCUAUAGGUUUUAUCGGGAUGCAGUUGUCCACCAGGGUUCUUUGCCUAUUUAUUCUAUCAAGGUGGCGGUUAGUGUUGUUGAUAAUGUGCUUCUUGUUCAUCAAGUGGAUGCCAAAGUUGUUUUGCUAUAUGACAUAUUUACGGAUUCCAGAGCACCGAUAUCUGCACCACUUCCUCUUCUGGUUAGGGGCUCUCCUGGAGUAUGCAGUUCUCCUACUCGAGCUAUUACUGGGCAAACGACAAAUGUGCUGCAAUCAACUAAGACAGAUAAACUAAAUGAAGAUGAUGUUGUAGUUUAUGGAGAUGGGUGGGUCUUUCUCGCUCCUGACCUUAUAUGUGAUGCUUCACAUGGAACCUUGUGGAGGAUUUGUUUGGAUUUGGAGGCUAUUGCUGCUAGCAGCUCAGACACACCUUCUCUUCUUGAAUUUUUACAGCAGCGAAGGUUGGAUUCUUUGAAGGCAAAGCGGUUAUGUUUAGUAAUUAUGCGCACGGCAAUCCUUGAGAGGAGAUCCCUACCUAUGAUUGCCAAGGCAAUGGGUGUGUUAUCUUCUUCAUACUCGCACUCUUUGAAAUUAGGAAGCUCUUUACAGAGGGGAUCCAGAUUUACUUCUCAACGAAGUGCUUUUUAUACUGGGGCAACUAGUUCUAGUCUGCAACAUAUUUCUAGCACUGAGGUAACAAGUUCGGGUAUCAAGCAAGAAGCUACAACUAGAGAAGUGGAACGCCAUCCUAUGCAUCUCAAUAGAACCUCAUCAGUUUCUGACUCUGAGGACAGUGUAAACUUAGAACAUGUUAGUUCCAACUUGGAAGAACCUCAUGCUAUUUCUAAUCCUCGUGAUCCUUCAGUUUCUAAAUUAAAAGGGCCGAGGAAGAACUACUCAGAGGCUGAAACUUCGAAUCCAGACAAUGAGAAGGCAUCCAUAAAGUCUGACAGUGGUGAAACCAAUGGUGAUUCUUUGGAUUCUGGUGUUUCUGACCCACAAAGUUUUGAAGCUCCUAGUGUGACAGUAUCACCAAAUGAGAUGUACAUUUCUGUCUUCGCGCUUGUUGAGGAAGAGAUGGCUGGGGACCCUGCCUAUUUGGUUGCAGUUAUUGUAGAAUACUUUCGGAGUGCAGCUCUGGAAAAGCUCAAAGUUCACCCAAGUCUUAACAUAUUGAUUAUACAACUUCUGGCCCGCAAUGACCGUUAUGCUGAAAUCCAACUGUUUGUUGUUAACAAGAUCCUAGAGCCUUCAAAGGAAGUUGCUUUGCAACUCUUGGAGUCAGGUCGCCAUAAUUUACCUACAAGGAAGUUGGGUAUGGAUAUGCUGAGGCAGCUCUUGCUCCAUAACGACUAUGUACUGAUGCUACUCCAAGAUGGAUAUUAUCUGGAAGCCAUACGCUAUGUGCGGAGAAAUAAGGUUAAUACCAUCCGGCCUUCAUUGUUUCUUGAGGCAGCAAUGGCUUCCAAUGACCCACAACACUUGGCAUCAGUUCUCCGCUUUUUCUCAGAGUUUCUGCCUGAUUUUAGGAACACCUCUGAUCAUAGUACAUUUCGCAGCAUAUUGAAUGAGAUGAGUCGAAAUUCAGCAGCUUGUGUGCAAUCUGAAGGUUAGGAUCAGUUUCAUCAAGUUGUUAAGGCCUGCAUUUAUUUUUUUGGCUAAGCUUAUUUAAACCUUUAUUUCGUUAUGUGGUGUAUGUAUUAUAGCACAUGAGAAGGCAACUUCUAUUAUUCUUUAAUUUAGAGAACAUACAAGUUCCUUAUCCUUUCAUUUA